ACGAGCUAUGCAGUGGGAGUCUUAUUUCCAUUCCUGCUCUCACUACACCGCACUGUACAUUUAUAUAUUCCUGCUCUGAGCUCCUCUGCAGGUGAUGUCCUUUGUUACCUGAAGAAGAGAAAGCCCAGAGUUGCCUUCUGCAUUGUGAGGAUCACCAUGAUUGAGCUGUACCCCAAAGACUCCUGGAACUUUAUCUUUGGACAAGCCUCUCUUGAAGGGAUGGGUAUCUUCAGUUUUGCCAGAUAUGAUAACAAUGUUUACAGCAGAAACUACAAAGGCUGGCUGCAGAAGACCAAGAAGCUGACUCCCGAGGACUACUCCCUGUUCAGUGGCUGCUACACCCCACCCCAUAACCAGCACACUGCUGUAUUGCUCCUGCAAGGAUUCAGCUUUGGCAGAAUCAGAAGGGAAAACCCUGAACUUGCCUGGACAUCCAUCGGUGAUGCAGAGGGUAAACCACGCGGUUCAGGGUUAGAAACAGGAAUUGUCUCUCCUGCAGCACUAACGCUGACUCAUGAGAUUGGUCACAUUUUUGGGCUUAAGCACAGUAAGUGGCUGAGUUGCGUGAUGCAGGGGUUGAACCACCUCGACGAAUCGGACCGCAGGCCCCUCGACCUCUGCCCUAUCUGUCUGCGCAAGCUGCAGUCUGCCAUCAGCUUUAGAAUCGUAGCGAUACCAGGCCCUGCUUCAAUGGAUAGAAAGUGGUUUGUCUUCUGUCACCAGCAAAGACACGAUAGAAACUGAGACGCAGCCCCACAAGCCCACCAGAGCGUUUGAAGAAUCCAGACUGGCUACUGAAAUGCUUAAGUGUGCUUGAAGAGGUUCUGAUUUAACAUGUGUUGGUUGUUGUAAUGUAAAUCAUACGAUUAAAACAGUUUGGAUUUUGUUUAUUCUUUCUCAGUAGAUAACAUUACAGCAUUAUUCCAAAUCUGGGAAUAGAUUUUCUGUUUUUCAUUCCUUUUACGUGAAAAAAAGAAAAGAAAAUAAUGACAUGUAUCUACAUCUGCAAAAUUCAGACUAAUUAAUUACACCAUCACACACCACUUACAUGAAUUAAUUCAUCCUGAGACAAAAUUCGAGCAACAAGUCAAUUUUUCUAUAUACCGGUAAACAAAAAACACUGAAACGGUACUAAAGUUUCAAAUAAUCUUUCAGUGGAUUGCCAACAGCUGUUUUAAAAAAGGUAGAAGGGCAUUUUGGUGUACAGUACUAGGGUCUACAGUAUUGCGUUCUUGUCAAAGUGGUACUUGUUUAACAAUCGACAAGACUAGAAUAAAGAUACAGAAUUACUAUUUAGAACCGUUCUGGAAACAUCGCUAAGCAUGUGUAUGGGUUGUUUGCUAACUAUAUAUACAAAAAAAAAAAAAAAAAAACACAGAAAAGAUCAUUACACAAAGAAGAUAGAAUAAUUUAAAUUGUAAAAGAACGAGCUACAAUUCAGCAAGGUUUAAAAUAAAUAUUCCAGUGAGACUGCAACACAUUGAUACAGACAGGCUGUACUGCUGUUCAAUCAAUGCAAAGGCAAUGUAAACUAAUCUUUCCACAACCCAACAACAGACUACAUCUGCUAAUGUUCUCAUUUCUUGCUUUGGUCCAUGCCCUCUUUUUUCCUUUGAUUGAAUAAAUGCUCAUAAGAUCAUCCUUUUCCUGCACCCCAACUCAACUUGAUAGAUAAUAAAAAUACAAAAUAAAAACUUUUAGAAAACCCCUACAUUCCCUCAAGAGCUGUAUUACUCUUCAUAAAGAUUCCGUUUAUUUUUCGUUGCCCUACUAAACGUUAAACCUACUGACCUUGCUCAUAGAUAGUCAUUGUACCUUUACUGAAUAUGGGCCACUACAUAAGCACAAGCAAGAGGAUUUAAUCCAGCCCUGCUGGAAAACUUCAACUAUUAUUUGAAUGCAACAUGUAACAGAAACCAGUUGUAUCACUGACAGUUUCAAUGCCGAAUGGAACUGUGAAUUUUCCCGCAACAUAGCGUUAGGAUUUCUUCUGAUUUGGUGUUCCGAUGAGUUACAUAUACACAUCCAGUAUGUAAACUGUUAAAAUUGAAGCCCUCAUGGAAAACAUAUUUGACUUCUGUUCCCUAACACCAGAUAUGUCAUGGCCUGUGUGAAAUAAAGGAAUGGUGCAAAAAAAGCCUUAAAUGCUUGCUUUUUUUUAU